AGUAAAGAAUCUCAAGCAAUACACCACCACAAUGCUAAAUUUAAUCUCCUUCACCCUGCAUAAUUGUUCCUUCAGUUUCGGAGGACUCACCUAGCUCUCUCACACACACCCUACACCAUACAACAACGCACGACCAAAAGCUAAAGCUGCAAUUUCUGACUUCUCAACCCCAAAAUUCCCACACUUGUGUCUAUUUCUCUCUCUCAGUGUCUCUUUCCCUCGCUUUGACUCCAAACCCAUCACCGUUUCAACCAAUCCUCUCACCCCACUGCAUAAAUUUCGAAACUUUUUCGCGGCUUCCCCAACAUUUUGAGACAACAUCAUUUCAUCUCUCUGCUCCCCAGAGACAGAGCUCCCCUGUUCCGAACAAAUCUCCAUGGCAAUAGAAGUGUGCUCCGAGAUAUCCAGCACGGGAAUCAGCCCUCGAAUCUCCUUCUCCCACGAUCUGAAGAACACGGAAGAUGCAUCAGUUCGUGUCGAAGAUCGCCACCGUGGAUCAGACCUGUGCCUCUUGGACUCGAGCUCUGACUUCGUCUUCUGCAUCACCAAUGGCUUAGCUCAACAUCUCUCUUCCGCCGAUGAACUCUUCUCUAAUGGCAAGAUUGUCCCGGCGGAGAUCAAAAGCGUUCCCAAAAAACCUUCACAUCCUCCUCGAUCUCAACCUGCUACCACGGAAAAGACUCAAAGAAAGAGGCUCAAGGAGUUCUUGUCUGCUUCCUCUGACGAAGCAGAGAACGAAGAAGAAAAACCAUCAUCCAAGUAUUUCUGGCAAUUCAAGCGCAGUAGCAGUUUGAAUUUCGAUACCACCCGUGGUAAUGGUUUGAUUCGCUCGCUUCAGUUCUUGUCACGAAGCCACUCAACCGGUUCGGCCCUGAAUCCGAAGCAAACAGAGGUUCCAAGGGAAACUCACAAGCAGAAGCUGCAGAAACAAUCCUCCGUUUCAAGCAGAAGGUCAUCGUCCUCCUCUUCGAGUUCAAGUACAUAUUACUUUUAUAGUUCGUCUCAAAAAGCUUCGUUAAAGAAAAACGGUGGAUAUUCGGGUAAUGGUGUUAGAAUAAGUCCUGUUUUGAAUCUACCACAAGCAUAUAUUCCGAAAGCCACAGCCAGAUUUUUUGGAUUUGGUUCCCUGUUCUGUAAUGGAAAGAUUAAAAGAAAGAAGAAGUAGGGCAUUCACAGGUUUUAUCUUUUUGUUCAUUUUAAACGAGUAAAUAGUAUAUGUAUCGAGAGUAAAGAAAUGUUCCCACACUCUUACUCAAUUAAGAAUUCUCAAUAAGUUUACAAAAUUCUAGAAUUACUACUA